CGACGGUGGACAGUGUUACCGAUUUAGAAAGUUCGUCAUUGACGUAAAGCUGCUGUCAUGCAACAGAUGCCGUAACGCAUAAUAAAGUAUUUAUGAGCGUUAUUUCAUUUUCAAUGUUCAUGAUAAUUUUAACAGUCAAGGAAAAGAACACGACUGAUCGCUUCAAGAACAGUAUAGCUGAAAGGAUUUAAGGGAUAACAAGGAAAGAAACAAUAAUAAGAAGACUUUUAAAGGAGUACGAUGUCUGCGAGUGGUGAAAAGUUUCAGUCUCCUCAUAGUCACAUCCCGUAUGGCACAGAUGGGUCUGGGUUCUACUCAGAUAACACCAUUGGAUGUUAUAAUGUGAUCUUAGAGUCCGCGCCUCUAGUAUUGGAGAGUGUCAAAUCAGUUUUGCUGAGGCCUGGGUCGGCUUUUACUAUCGCGGACUACGGAUGUGCAGACGGGGGCACCUCUAUGCCAUUGCUCUACGCAUGCGUUAAAGAAUUACGAAAAAUUCAUGGUGACGAUUUGCCCAUUCAAGUGAUUUACGAGGAUCAACCAGUCAACGAUUUCAAGUCCUUUUUCCUUCGUCUGCAGGGUCUAAUACCAGGCCCAAAAAGUUACGUUUUAGAUUUCUCCAACGUAUUCGUCGCAGCGUGCGGCACAAGCUUCUACAGUCAAUGUCUGCCUCCUGAGUCUCUGAAUUUGCUAUUUUCAUCCACUGCAAUGCACUGGCUCCGUGAAAAACCGUGCAGCUUAACAGGGGCGUUACAUCACACCAUGAUCACCCUUCCGGAGGAGGCCGAGAAAUUUAGGAAUCAGGCCGCAAAGGACUGGGAAACUUUGCUGCUGGCGAGAGCGAAAGAACUAGCACCAAGUGGCAGGAUGGUUCUUGUGCAAUUCGUAGUUGACGACGAAGGACAGCACCUUGGGACAACGAAGAACACACCAGCCUCCAUGCAUCACACAAUGAGAGAUUUAUGGAAACUAUUAGUUCACGAUGGUGUCAUAACACAGGAAGAAUUCAACAAGACGACAUUUAUAAACUACUAUCGCACGGUAAAGGAGUUUAAGAAACCAUUUGAAUCAGCGGACUCACCCGUUCGAAAAGCUGGUUUGUCACUCGUUUCCAUAGAAACCAAAGUGGUAUCCUGCCCUUACAGAGAAAAAUGGCUCAAGAACGGUGGUGAUCCUAAAGCGCACGCGCGUUGGUUCAUUCCUACGACAAGGACUUGGAGCAAUGCAACAUUUAUGUCUGGCCUCUCGGACUCUCGCUCUCAAGAGGAGAAGGACGCCAUUGUUGAUGAAUUCUUCAAACGUUACGAAGAUCUUGUUGCCAAGCAUCCGGAGGAUCAUGGGAUGGAUUACGUUCAUGCCUACAUAGUUAUCGCGAAGAACUGACUCACAAAUGUCACUUGAUUUCGAUUACAAACAACUGAAACACUCUCGCUCGAUGAGUUCAUAAGUUCUAUUAGAUAUAAGUUGUCAUGCUGUUGGAUUUUUUGUUUUUCAACGUCUGGAAUCGUUAGAAAAAAAAUGUUGGUUUAUUUUGCUCUCUGGAGCUCAGCUACUGAAUCCAAUCCUUCAUUUGACAGGCUCGCUAUUUUCGAUGGUCGAUUAAAAAAAUACUGUACUGUUUGAAGAGAAAGAAAAUUUCUUCGGCAAAACGUCUCCCGAACAAACAUUCUAAAGAAUUUGUUGAUGAACCCACAAGCACCACCCUGUUUGAUGCCACUCCCUUGUCGCCUAAAAUGUCUCUUUACAGUUAGCCUUCGUUCCUUACUGUCUGGAAAAAAUAACUUCUUCACUGUACACCAUCUUAAAGCAUCAAGCAAAUCAUUUUCCUUGUUCA